UUUUUUCACUCUUCCAAAAUAUUUCCAUAACUCCUGCAAAAAUACGAAUUCCAAUGUCAAUAAUCAACAUGAAUUACCAAAAUUCGAAAAAAGAAUGCAGAUCAAUAAUUUUAGCGAUCAAAUGACGAACGGUGUAAAAAGCAAGAAAGUUCCUAAGUUGAAAAAGGAGGAUGAAGAAAGAUGUAGAAAGAUAAUUACAUUCGAAUAAACGAUAGGCAUUUUAGAGAAGAAGGAAGUAGAGGAAGGAUUUAAAUUGAUGAUUAAACGAUUUUGAUAUGAUCCUAGAAGAUCUAGCUUGCAUUAACGGAGGGUAAGGUCGAAGAAACUGGCACGUUGGCCGGCCCUGAGCAACUCCCAGUAAUGUGGGUCGUCGUCUAACUGUUCCACGUACCGUUCCGUCGACUCUGUGCCGUCCAUUAGUCAGAUUCAACUACUCCUUCUCUUUCUUACCUCCACCACCCGAUAGCCGUACACACACGGUGGAGCAUCUCACCUCUUCUCUUCCUUCCUCAUUUUAUCGACACCUACCACGUACUGAGGAAUCUUUCUACAAUCGAUACACACUGAGAAAACCUUAGAAAGUUUGUCCCGGUUCUACCGAGCGUGUUACAUUUUUUGAUGAAAACAAGAAUCGGAUUUUUUGUUCCAUAUGUAGCAUCAACAUUGGUGCAUCUUUGACCUAUAUGUUAUUUAGAUGUGAUAAACUACAUAAAAUUAUUUGUAAGAAAAUGGAUUAUAAUUUUAUAUAAAAUAAAUCAUAGUGCAUCUUUAAAAAAUUAAUUUUAGUAGCUACUCAGUAAUUAUUAUUAUUAGAAUAUUAUUAGAAUUUCAUGAAGUUUAUAAACAAAUACCAAAACAACAACAAAAACACAAGAAUCAUACAUCAGAAUUUUAAAAAAGGGUAAUCUAAUAAAAUAUGAAAGGUUUAUGAUAAUAUUUCUGAAAAUCGAAAUCACUUCAAUUCAAUGAUCUUUAUAUUUGGUGAUACUUUCAUUCCGACAGGAGAAUCUUCCGGGAUUAUCUUUUUCCUUCUCUGGUCUUUCGUCUUGCUCUUGUACAACAUUUUGUCCACGUUCCUCUGAAGUUCCACCUCUUCGCCUUACCGCCACUACUUCAGCCGUCUUCCUACUAUCACCUGGUUGCCGAGGUACCUCAGUCGACGUUUGACCCUCUACCAGGGCUGCAAGUUUUCAUGGUUUCGUCGCACGUUCUAUUCACCUUCGUCGUGUCCGCGUUUUACGAUUGCUUUUCUUGUGACCAAAAGACCGAGAGUGACAGGUUCAACGGUAAUUAGAAUUGAAGUACAUGGAGUUUUAAGUGCUUAAAAAUACUGAAGGUCGUUCUGAGACCACUGGGGUGCAUCUGCAUUCAUCUCAUCAUUGCAUCCAGGUAUGCGAAGAACAAUGCGAUUCGAUCCAUGGAUACUAAUGGUCACAUUGGCCUGCGUGACGGGCACCUUGUCGGAGUAUUUGAUGGGAGGCCAUAUGGACAACAGUCCGCCAAAGUCCUUACUGGAGGAGAUGGAAUCUUCUCCGAGUUUGGCAAGGACGGCGCAGCUGGGUGACCUUGACCUGGAUCUUGAUGCAGAGGAGAGCACCGCUGCGCUGUCGAUGUCGGACGACGAAGAAGCGCCGCGUUAUCAUCUUCCGUAUCCUUUCGCCUUCAACGGUGGCAGACCGUUUUCGCUCGAGAAGGAUCCUAUCACCGGUAAAAUAGACUUCGAGAAGGCGCCGCCAGUCAAAGCCCUCAACUUCAGCACUCGUUAUCAAGAAAACGUAAACGAAGAUGAAAAGGUGAACAACAAGGACUCAGCGAAGGAGAACGAAUCUUAUUUAACGAAAAAGAAGAUCGAAAACAACAAAGAGACCGAUGAUGUUAGUCCAAACGAGAUUAAUCCUUAUUCGCCUAAUUUUCAUGAUUUUCUUAAUCUUCCUGUUCAUUAUUCUUCCGACAAGUAUGGCAAGGACAAAUAUCCAUUGAUAUCAAGUUCCUAUGCGAAUACAAAAGUUCAGAGUGGAUCAAAUAGUUAUAGUACUUAUAAUCACAAGCCUUAUCAUGGAGAAACUGUAAUGUAUUAUCCUACCAGAAAACCGUAUAUGCCUAAGACAACUUCGACUACAACAAUGAGAACGACUCCUAAACCAACCCCGUCGACUACAUCCAGAGCUAUCACCACUUCUACGACUUCUAGACCCACGACAACUUCGACGACGACGACGACGAUGAUGACGACGACUAGUACUACUACUUCUACUACGACAUCUAGUCCUCCACCAUCUACUACUGUUUCCACUUCGACGAAAGCACCUGUUGUAACAACCUGGAAGCCUCCUGCCUCCACUCCCAAACGAUUUACCGAUCAUCUGGACGAUUACGAUGAUAUUCUUCCAAUAGAGAAGCUUCAAUCCUCUGUGUACAGUAAUGGUCAUCAAGGACCAAAUAAUAUAGUGCAGCACAAUCGAGAUCCUCAGACGAUGCCUCCUAUAAACCAUGAAGAGUAUAUAGAUAGUUACGAGGAUUAUGAAAUUGGAGAUGGAGAAGAUGCGAAGGAUUAUGUCUCGAUGAAAGAGACGACCAAUGAAAUUGUAAAAGCUAGUACAGUGCCUAGCACAACGUCGACUGUUCAUAAUAUAACCACAGCUGUUGGAACUCCAGAGACCACUCCCGUAACCACUACGACAACAAGUACGCCAGUUCCAUCAUCGUCUGCAAUAUAUUCUUCACCAGUGUCUCAAGAAAGUAUCUUCCACAGUAACUCGCUACCGUUCCAAGCUCUUCCUUCGCGUCUAGUAACAUCUAUGCCCUUGGACAACGAACACAGAAUGCCAUCAGCGUUUGAAAAAGAUAAUCGAAAACAUGGUAUUGCGGAUAAUAUUAUCAUGAACCAGGGAUAUCGUCCAAACGCAGUUAUUAAUCAGAGACCAACUGGAUUAGGUGGAGGAAUUCUGGUAGAGAGCACUAGCAAUAUAGUGAUACCACCUGAUCAGGAUACAGUAUCCUUUGUCCUUGGUAACAGACAGAACGUCGAAGGUGGAUAUUAUUCACUAGGCACUGCAAUUGGAGAGAAUCCUUAUGGCAGUUCCACUGGAAUCGAUGCUUCUUUCCGACCUUUAUAUGGUGUUUCACCGGACAAAAGCAAUUACGAUCCACAAUCAGAUUACCGAGGAACAAUUGGCCUGCCUUCAGUAUCCGUACUGGAGAAUAAUCCUGCUUAUGCUGCUCAAACAUGGAGACAACCUAAUCCUACUGGAACUCAGAAGCUGGCAAACGAGAUAGAACCUUCUAGAACACAGAAUUCAUUCGUAAAAGGCACAGUGCUUAUGGAACAGCCAGAAGAUAAGAAGGAUGAUAAGGACGUUAACUACGUGGUGUUUCCUAAAGAUGAACCUAAACAACCAGUUGAGGAACACAUCGUUGUUAUAAACGAAGCUGAUGGCUCUGUGCAUGAAAUAACACCUUCUUCCACAACGUUGAAACCUGUAAGAGUAGAUCCUCCAGUUUUAAAUGAAGAUCACCUGCCACAACUUUCGGAGAACUUGACUCCGCCGGCUGAACGACCAAAGUCGCCACCACAGUUCUAUUAUCAUUAUCAUCACGGAGGUACGAUAAGACCGGAUCAUCCAAGACCUCAAAGAUUGCCUUUACCACCUCGUGGGAAACAACCACCGUCUCCUCCCCUUCCACCACCACCUCCUCCUUCAGAACCUAUGGGAAUAAGAAGACGUCCUUAUCCUCCCGAUUCUACUUUGCCAAACAUUCUACCACAAUUCCGUCCAAAUGCUAAAACGUCUCAUGGACACCGUGGAUCAGAGGCGAUUGGAACGAUUCCAGCUGGUCAAGGCUAUCCCACCAGAGUGAGACAGCCUGUUCAGUCUCAUCCUCCAACCAGAAGACCUCUACCACCUCCACCUCCAUCUUAUCUUCAGAGAUUAAACCCUCCUCCUCCUCCAAUUCAUGCCGUUAGGCUUGCCGGCGCAGCUUCCGCGAAGGCUGAGAACAUAGUGCCUCCUCGAGACGUGGAGUCCACGGUCAAGAGGUUUCGCCUUCCAUCGAUACCAGCCACCUCCAGAGGGGAGGAUGAUGUUAAACUAGCGCACCGUGUGCCCAAUCAGAAAUUGCGGUUGGAAGAGGAAGAACGGGCAGAACGUUACUCGGAGGAACCGCCUCAGGUGCCGCCAAGACCUCCCUUAUUUCCUAAACGAAGAACUGCUGAUCCUCCACACGUAGCUACUCUUCAGAUGAUCCAACAACAUGGCGAAUUCGCGGAGGAUAUUACAGAAGCAAAUUUGUCCUCUAUGGAUGAAAAUACAAAUGACGAGUCAGAUAGAAUAGUAACUGAACAGAAUGCAGAUAGAAGAAAGUUUGACAGCCAUGAACCAAUAGCUGAGCCACCGGUUUACGUAGUCUAUCCUGUGAAUACUGCUGUGAAUAUUCAUCCUGACGAUUCUAGAGAGAAAGAUGAGAGCGUAGUUGUUGGAACGAGAGGACCACAUAGACCCCUUCCUCCAGAAACAUUGCUUCAGGAUAAUGAGGAUCAAGAAAUGGAUGAAGAGCCAAGACCUUCUGUUCAUAACGUCUUUAAUGGACGGCCACUUGCCUCAGAUUUUCCGUAUCCUCUGGAACGUCCUGACCCUUCCAUUCUUGUCAAUGGAAUGAGAGAAACGCCAUUAUUGGUGCCCAGCGAUCAGCGACAAGAAGAAGAUUCUAUGCAAGAAAAUACAGAAGAGAAGGACGAAAAAGAUUCCAGCGUGAACGUUAUACCAUACUUACAGGAUUUCGUACCUUUCCCAGCAAGGAAGAAUGAGGUUAUCUCAGCUACCCUUCAUCGUUUGCCAGCCUUGCCAUCUUCUACGCCAAUUGCUUAUGUUUAUACUCCAACAGCUCAAGCUUCUCAUCGUUUAGACGUAGAUAUGCGUGAUGAGGACAAAUCUAAAACUGAAAAUAGUGAUCAGAAGCCCAUUCUGUUGCCUUCACAGCAACCCUCUAGUUCCUCCAGCUCUGCGCCGUCUCCACAGAACUUCAUGGCGCCGUUUGUAGCAAGUAUCAGUGCAGAAACACCUUCAAAGAACGGCUGGAGCGUUGUCGUGGUUGAACCUACCAUUAGUAGAAAAUCGGAUGACGAUUCUUCCGAGACCACUUCGAAUGCAGAAGAGUCUCAGACAGAAAAAACUGAAUUCGAUGCUGAGAACUUCAAACCACAGCUCUUCGGUGGAUUCAAACCGAUUUACGAAUUUCCUACGCAGAACGAAGAUCGAUCAGAGCGUAAAGAAUCCAGCGAGUUGGAAACAGAAGUGAGCACGCAUUUUCAAGAGCCUGCCAAUUCGACAGUUUGAUGAAAGCAUAUGUUUAUCGUGUAGAAAUAUUAAUUGAGUGAAAAUAAGCUUCGUUUCGAGUAUUUCGUUAAUUACUAUUACGCUCCUCUUGGCAUUGCUGUCUUUCUCCAGAAUGAAAGAUUCGGACCAAUCUUAGUUGGGUUAUUGGAGUAAUGCUGAUUGGAACACUUGCUUUGAAAAGGGAACUAAAGAUCUCGAAACUAUGUGCACUGGUGACUGGGGCAAUUCAUUGUCUUCAUGGGGAGUUAAACUAUACAAGUCUGAAUAUUCACAUGAUCUUUGAUAAUUUUGGAUCAUUGAAUUCGAUGAGAAGGGUUGGAUGCAAUGGGGUGCAAGCGAUACAGUCCGAGUUAAAUACUAACAGUUUAGUAACAAUCUUAACUACUUCAUAUAAUGCAACAUUAGAAACCAUCUUGUAGUAAAGAACAAAAUUUUAUUAAAGGUAUUUGCACCGCUUUGCAUGUAAUCCUCUUGAUUACAAUGACUACAAGGAAUCAUCUACAAUAUUUAUUUUAUUAAGAAAUUACUAUAUUUAUAUUAAUUUAUCUAUUUUAUUUAUAGACUAUAUAGUAAUUUUAUAAAAUUCUAUUGUGUUAAAUUGUAGAAACCAUCAUAUUUUGUACAUCUACUUCAUACAUUAUCAUAGUCAGUCUGAAUCUAUCUAACGAGUCAAUCUGAAGAAUGUAUACUACAUUACUUAUUUUCUACUUUCUCAUUGAUGAUCGCAAUUAUAUACUAAGCAAUUAAUAUAAUAAAUUAUUCCUAAAUUA